AUGAUAGAACCAACAGUUUCCGUCGUGAGUGACGACGAUUCCACUAUCAAAGUCGCGCCCAAGAGAGAACGAGGAGAUAGGUUAUUGGGCAACAUCAAAUUAAAGAAACAACCACCAAAACAUAACAAGCCUGGUAAUUGGAGGGAUGGAAGUAUUAUUGAUGUCGACGACAAGAAGAAAGGAACAGAUACACCAAAUAAUAAUUCAAUUCCGAGUCCGGGACCGGUAGUCAAUAUCCUGGAUGAUUAUGCGCGCGAAACAUUUGCGACGGGAAGACCAUUGGAGGAUAGUCCCGAUUUGCAGGUUUGCAAGCAUUGCAAGAAGAGUAUUUUGAAGACUGCGGCGACACUUCAUGUCAAAGCAUGUUUGAAGGCUAAGAAGGAGAAAUUGCAAAAGAAGAAAGAGGCGAAAGAAGCAAGGGAUAGAGAGAAGAAGGGAUUAGCUAGUAAAGGUGUGGAUGGGGAUGGUGAUACGAAGAUGGGGAGUGAUGAUGAUGAUGAGGAUGAGAAAGGUCCAGGGGGGUUUAAGUGUACGAAGAAGAGUGCGGGAAAAAACAAUGGAGAAGCGAAGGGAAAGAAGAGGAAGGCGGAUGGUGAGGGGGAGAAGGGUCCGAAACAGAAGAAGAAAAAGGAGGAGCCUAAACCAAAGGCUCCGAAACCUAAAGGUCCAGUCGACGUAGAACGUCAAUGUGGAGUCAUGAAAGAUAACGUCCCUUGCGCUCGCUCUUUGACUUGCAAAUCGCAUUCUAUGGGCGCUAAGAGGGCUGUUCCUGGUCGUACCUUACCUUACGAUAUGCUUCUCUCACAAUAUCAGAAGAAGAAUCAAGCUAAACAACAAAAAGCAGCAAUCGACGCCAAUGCCCCCCUGGAAGACGAAGAACUUCUCAAUGGCCCCAUCGAUUCCGACGAAGAACUCCUCGCCGUCCAAUCCGGUCUCUUGAAUUGGAAUCCGCAACCUCUCGUUCCUCCACUCAUUCAACAUCCCAUUCAGUAUCGAUAUAGAGAUGAGAGAUUAUGGGAACAAUUGCAUAAUGCUACCAAUGGGUUUACAUUAAAUAUUUGCAAGGUUAAAGGAUUAGGAGCUCAAAAAGUAGCGCCGGGAAUAGAGAAUGGGGAGAAUAGUGUAGGUGGAGAUGAUGUGAUGGGGGAAAAUUCAAGUGGUAAUGGGGGUGCAAGUGGAAGUGGGAAUGGGAAUGCGGAAACGGGCCUGGGUGUGGUAAAUGUGAGGAGACCAAGUACUUUUGUGUUACAAGGUGUUCCGCCCAGGAAACAGACUUUAGCUGGGAGAGUUUAG